GAUGGCAGCAGCAGCUUCCACCACUAAUCACACACCCGUGAUCCGCCCUCGUUUCCUCUCGUUCUCACAAACUGGACUUUGGAAAUAUACUUCCUCAGCCCUGCCCUGUCUGCCUCAGUGAUGGGGCAGUGAGGAUGCCAAGGUACGACAGUUUUUAAGACUUUUUUUUUUUUUUUUAUCCCUAAAUCUUUGUUGCCAUGUUGCGGGUUGUUAUAGAGUCGGCUACAGGUCUUCCAAAAAAGAAGGUUGGAAGUCCUGAUCCAAUCACAACUGUGGUCUUUAAAGAUGAGAAGAAGAAAACCAAAUCAAUUGACAGUGAGGUGAAUCCUGUAUGGAAUGAGGUGCUUGAGUUUGAUUUGAAAGGCACCGCACUGGACUCCAGCUCCUACAUUGACGUGAUUGUGAAAGACUAUGAAACCAUUGGGAAAGACAAAUUCCUUGGAUCAACCAAAAUCUCUUUGCGAGACCUUGCCUCAGGUCAAGUGAAAUCACUGCCAUCCAAAAAUGUGCCUUUGGUAAAUGAAAGUGGACAGAACAUCGGAGCUACUAUCAACCUUGUGAUCGGCUAUGAUCCUCCAGCCAGUGCUGUACCAAACCCCAAUGACCCUCAAGCAGGAGAUGCUACAAUGGAUACUGGCGGUGGCGGUGGUGGCGCCGGUGAAGAGGGUGAUGAGACUCUACCAGAUGGGGGACAAAGUGGCUCUGCAGGGGGGCCCUUGUCCACUGGUCAGUCUGUUAACCUCCGCCAGCGGAUGGCCAGGGCACAAAAUCGCCGCCGCCUGGUCAACAAACCUCAGGAUUUCCAGAUCCGAGUCCGGAUCAUCGAGGCCCGUCAGUUGCCUGGGAACAACAUCAAACCAGUGGUGAAGGUCAAUGUGUGCGGGCAGACCCACAGGACAAGGAUCAAGAGGGGAAACAACCCUUUCUUCGAUGAGAUGUUCUUCUACAAUGUCCACAUGCUACCAUCAGACCUGUUUGAUCAGAACUUAAGUUUCCGGGUGUAUGAUUCCUAUUCACUGAGGGCAGACAGUCUGAUGGGGGAAUUCAAGCUGGACGUUGGUUAUGUGUAUGAUGAACCCGCUCACUGUGUCAUGAGGAAGUGGCUUCUUUUGAAUGACCCAGAUGACUCCAGCUCUGGGGCUAAAGGCUACCUCAAAGUCAGCCUCUUCGUUGUGGGGACUGGAGAUGAGCCUCCGGUGGAGAAGAGGGACUCUGAUGACGACCAGGAUGACAUAGAGAGUAACCUGCUGCUGCCAGCUGGUGUGACUCUGCGAUGGGCCACCUUGUCGCUGAAGGUGUUCAGAGCUGAGGACAUUCCUCAGAUGGAUGAUGCAUUUGUCCAGACCAUGAAAGAAAUUUUUGGAGGGGAUGAAAACAAGAAGAACCUGGUGGAUCCUUUCUUAGAGGCUCGCUUCGCAGGCAAAAAGCUGUGUACCAAGAUAAUUGAGAAAAAUGCAAACCCUGAGUGGAACCAAGUACUGCAACUCCAAGUCAAGUUUCCCUCCAUGUGUGAGUCUGUCAAACUGACAGUCUUUGACUGGGAUCGUUUGACAGGGAAUGAUGCUAUUGGCACCACAUACCUAAACCUGGCCAGGAUAGCCUCCUCUGGUGGAGAGAUAGAAGAGGAACAUGCAGGAAAAGGGAACAUGCCAUCAUAUGAAGCUAACACAGGGGAGUCUGAGGUGGGUUUCCUGCCUGUCUUUGGGCCCUGCUAUAUCAACCUGUAUGGCAGCCCCAGAGAGUUCACCGGGCUGCCAGACCCCUAUGAGGAUCUCAACUAUGGCAAGGGAGAAGGUGUGGCGUACAGAGGCAGGAUCCUGGUUGAGCUGUCCACUAAGCUCGAGGGGAAAGUAGACAAAACAGUAGACAAUAUCCACAGCGAUGACAUCCUGGUUGCACAGAAGUACCAGAGGAGGAGGAAGUACUGUCUGUGUUCAGUCUUCCACAGCGCUACCAUGAUUCAGGAGCCUGGAGAACCAGUCCAGUUUGAGGUGAGCAUCGGUAACUAUGGCAACAAACUGGACACCACCUGCAAGCCACUGGCCUCCACCACGCAGUAUAGCUGUGCCAUAUUUGAUGGUAACCAUUACUACUACCUGCCCUGGGCAGACACUAAACCAGUGGUAGUGGUUACCUCAUUCUGGGAGGACAUCAGCCACCGCCUGGACUCUGUCAACAUCAUCCUCUACAUUGCUCACCGCCUGCAAUCCAAUCUGGAGGAAUUUAAAACUGGCAUCUUGGCUAAAGUCCCUGACAACCAACUAGUAGAGGUGUGGCUGAAGUUGCUCAAUCAGCUUAUUGAAGACAUAGAAAGUUUCCCAACACCAGAGCUGGAGGGCCGCUCCAACCUGACAUCUCUGGACAUCCAAAUCAAAAAGCUGCGAGACAGAACUUUGAGUACCAUGAAGGAGGGAGCCAGACGCAUGAGAGAGGAGGCCACAGAGAUCAGAGACACUCUGUCUGACUUAGAGUCCUGGGCAGAAAAACUUCAAAUGUUGGCUGAGGAGCCCCAGAACAGCAUGCCUGACGUGAUCAUCUGGAUGCUCCGGGGUGAGAAGAGAGUGGCCUACAGUCGCAUCCCUGCUCACCAGAUCCUUUAUUCCACAUACAGUGAGCAGGCCUGUGGUCAACACUGCGGCAAGACACAAACCAUCUUCUUACAGUAUCCCAUGGACAAGACCAAGGGCUUGAAGGUGCCGGUUCAGAUUAGAGUCAACAUGUGGCUCGGUCUAUCUGCACAUGAAAAAAAGUUCAACUCCUUCUCUGAGGGAACCUUCAGUGUGUUUGCUGAGCUGUAUGAGAACCAGGCCAAGGUUUUCGGGAAGUGGGGUACCACAGGACUGGUGGGGCGCCACAAACACUCGGAUGUAACGGGCAAACUAAAGCUGAAACAAGAGUAUUUCAUGCCCCCCAGAGGAUGGGAGUGGGAGGCCGACUGGUUCAUUGACCCAGAGAAAGCUCUGCUAACAGAGGCAGACGCGGGACACACUGAAUUCAUGGACGAGGUGUACCAAAAUGAGACCCGCUUCCCUGGUGGAGAGUGGAAGACUGCAUCCGAGCCCUUCACCGAUGUGAAUGGAGAAAAGAGCCGUAAGCUUGAAGAGUUUGAAUGUCCCCCAGGUUGGAUGUGGGAGGACGAGUGGACUGUGGAUGACAACAGAGCUGUGGAUGACCAAGGCUGGGAGUAUGGAGUGACCAUACCUCCAGAUGACAAGCCUCGGUCCUGGGUCCCUGCAGAGAAGGUGUACCACGUCCACCGCAGGAGGAGGCUGGUUAGGCUACGCAAGAGAGCUGCACUCCCUUCAGGAACACCUGUGGAGAGGCGGGAUCAAGGUGACCCUGAGGGGUGGGAAUUCUCCUCUCUGAUUGGCUGGAAGUUCCACAGGAAGGAGCGUUCAUCAGAUACGUUUCGUCGAAGGCGCUGGAGGCGGAAGAUGGGACCAGAAGACCGCCUUGGAGCAUCUGCCAUCUUUCAACUGGAGGGUGCACUGGGCGUUGAUACUGAGGAGAAAGAGAAAGGCUCCAAGGCUGAUGCCACCAAGCUGUUUGGUGCCAACACUCCCACUGUGUCCUGCUCCUUUGACAGGUCAUACAUGUACCAUCUCCGUGUCUACGUCUAUCAGGCACGGAACUUGACAUCUAUGGACAAAGAUAGCUUUUCUGAUCCGUAUGCACACGUCUCCUUCCUGCAUGUUAGUAAGACAACAGAGAAGCUGCAAGCAACGCUGAACCCAACCUGGGACCAAACUCUGAUUUUCAAUGACGUGCAGAUCUUUGGAGACCCCCAGAACAUUGCUCACCGCCCCCCUGAUGUUGUGCUGGAAAUCUACGACAGUGACCAAGUGGGGAAGGAUGAGAUGCUGGGCCGCAGUGUUUGCGUCCCAAUGGUGAAAUUGAAUCCAGGCAUGGAGCAGAUACCGAAACUUCUGUGGCAUCCCAUCAUGCAUAAGGGACAGAAGGCAGGGGAGGCGCUGGUGGCUGCUGAACUUAUCCUUAAAGACAAGUCGAGUGAGUUAGACCUUCCUCUGGUUCCCCCAAAGAGAGCAGAGAACCUCUAUAUGGUUCCACAGGGCAUUCGGCCUGUGGUGCAACUCACUGCUGUGGAGAUUCUGGCAUGGGGUCUGAGGAACAUGAAACCUUAUCAACUGGCCUCUGUGUCCUCACCCAGCCUGGUGGUGGAGUGUGGGGGGCAGAGGGUGGAGUCAGCCGUCAUCAAGAACUUGAAAAAGAGCCCCAACUUCCCCAGCUCUGUCCUCUUCAUCAAAGUGCUCCUUCCAAAGGAUGAGAUGUACACACCUCCCAUUGUGUUGAAGGUGAUUGAUCACCGUCCAUUUGGCAGGAAGCCUGUGGUGGGUCAGUGCACCAUCACUUCUCUGGAGGAGUUCAGAUGUGACCCAUAUGUCAUCACUGCAGAGGGAGCCAUGUCCUCCAAAAUGGCCCUGAUGAUGGCUUCCCCUGCAAAACAUGUCUCUAUUAACAUGGAGGAGUCAAGACCACUGCUAGAAGCUCAGUUCAUGUACAGCAUGUCAGCUGCUCUCAACAAAAUGGCUUCUCCUCCCUCCCACUUUCAUGUAGAGAAGGAGAAAGAGACAAUUGAUUGGUGGAGCAAAUUCUAUGCUUCAGUUGGAGACCAAGAGAAAUGUGGCCCUUACCUCAAGAAAGGCUAUGACACCCUCAAAGUGUAUGACUGUGAACUGGAGGAUGUCCCAGAAUUCAAAGGGCUGACAGAUUUUUGCAACACCUUCAAACUGCAGCGGGGCAAGAAUGAAUACGGGGACGAUGACCCCACAGUGGUUGGAGAGUUCAAGGGCUCAUUCAAGGUGUACCCUCUGCCAGACGACCCAGGUGUUGCUCCUCCUCCCCGGCAGUUUAGAGAGCUGCCAGACAGUGGACCUCAGGAGUGUGUGGUCAGGAUUUAUGUGGUCCGGGCCAUAGACCUGCAGCCCAAAGACAACAACGGCAAAUGUGAUCCAUACGUAAAGAUAUCUCUGGGAAAGAAUACAAUUGAAGACAGAGACCAUUACAUACCCAACACCAUCAACCCUGUGUUUGGAAGGAUGUUUGAGAUGACCUGUUUCCUGCCCCAGGACAAGGACCUGAAAAUCUCUGUCUAUGACUAUGACCUCCUGAGCCGUGACGAGAAGGUCGGCGAGACAGUGAUUGAUCUGGAGAACCGCUUCCUGUCCAGAUAUAACGCCUACUGUGGCCUCCCCCAGACACACUGCAUCUCUGGUAUUAACCAGUGGAGGGACCAGCUGAAGCCAUCCCAGAUCCUGGACAACCUGGCUCGUCUUAAAGGCCUGUCCAGACCCAGGACUGAAGACAACAGCACCUCACUCACCUUUAAUGGCAAAGACUACACCCUGGCUCAGUUUGAGAACAACAAGGAAAUUCAUCAGCACUUGGGCCCGACCCGAGAACGACUCUGUCUGCACGUGCUCAGAACACAGGGACUUGUCCCUGAACAUGUGGAGACCAGGACCCUUUACAGCUCCUUCCAGCCCAAUCUCUCUCAGGGAAAGCUUCAGAUGUGGGUGGAUGUUUUCCCCAAAAGCAUCGGCCUCCCUGGACCUCCCUUUAACAUCUCACCACGCAAGGCAAAGAAGUAUUUCCUGCGUGCCAUCAUCUGGAACACUACGGAUGUGACAUUAGAUGAGACGAGCAUCACUGGAGAACGCAUGAGUGACAUCUAUGUCAAAGGCUGGAUGCCGGGAAUGGAGGAGGACAAGCAGAAGACUGAUGUCCACUACAGGUCUCUGGAUGGAGACGGUAACUUUAACUGGAGGUUCGUCUUUGGCUUUGACUACCUGCCCGCUGAACAACUCUGCCUCGUGUCCAAGAAGGAGCACUUUUGGAGUCUUGACAAGACAGAGUUCAGGAUUCCCCCCAAGCUGAUUGUUCAGAUAUGGGACAAUGACAAAUUCUCAUUGGAUGAUUACCUUGGCACACUCGAGCUGGAUUUGUGUAACCUGGUUGCUCCUGCAAAGACCCCAGAGAAGUGCUCUCUGGUGAUGAUGGAUGUCAUGGAGGCGGGAACUCCACACAAGACAGAUCACGCCAAGACUCUGUUUGCACAGCAGUCCGUCAGGGGCUGGUGGCCCUGUUCCAUCGAACAGGACGGGAAGAAGGUCCUCGGCGGCAAAGUGGAGAUGACACUGGAGAUCAUAAGCGAAGCUGAUUCAGAUGAGAGACCAGCAGGAAAAGGCAGGGACGAACCCAACAUGAACCCAAAACUGGACCCUCCCAAACGCCCAGAAACGUCCUUCUUCUGGUUCACUAACCCGUGUAAGACCAUGAAGUUCAUCGUGUGGAAAAGGUUCAGGUGCCUCUUCAUCGGACUCAUCAUCCUCAUCAUAGUGCUUCUCUUCCUCGCCAUCCUGUUGUACUCUUUACCGAACUACAUCUCGAUGAAGAUAGUGAAGCCUCUAAACUAACUUUACAACGGAGGAUGAGCAGUGGAACUGAAAAGAACAAUUCAAAAUGUCUACGGGAUCACACUGAGAACAGCUACUACUAAACCAUCUCAAUAUCUUUUUAAAAAAAAAUUUUUUAACCGCUUUUAUUGUUUUAUAAAGGGGGAAGGGGCGCUUGUUUGUU